ACAACCCUCAGCCUCCACCAAUGGAAAUAUGGGCAGGGCUCAACACCCAUUUUCGGGGAUCUUGCUAUAAAACCGGCUUAAAUCAUCCCAUACUGUCCACUUUGUGAAAGAGUUAUUGACCUGCCCUGCAGCCUUUUUGGAGAGAAUUUCUGUUGAAUAUUUAAUAAGUUCCAGGAUGGAUAGUAAGUCAUACUUGGUUCAGAUGAAUGGGAAUGGAGUCCACGGAAAAAUCCCAGUCAAUGCCAAAAGCUUAAAUGGCACCGGAGUCAAUGGGAAGGGAGUGCACGGGCAUGCCAUCCACCAUGUCAGUGUGAAUGGCACUCUGUAUCCGGCCAAAGUGAAGAGCCGCAGGCAGAGAUGGGAAGUGAAGCCCUCAGAGAUGGCCAACAACACGCUCAACCCCAUCAGGGCCAUUGUGGAUGGGAUGAAGCUCACCCCAAACCCAGAUAAACCCAUGAUCGCACUCUCCAUAGGGGAUCCCACUGUGUUUGGAAACCUACCCACAGAUGGGUCAGUGCUUCAGGCCAUGAAAGACGCCAUAGACUCCCAAAAAUACAACGGCUACGCUCCCUCCGUUGGUUAUCUGAAGAGCCGGCAGGCAGUGGCCAACUUUUGCAGCUGCCCUGAGGCUCCACUUGAGGCAGAGGAUGUGAUUCUGACCAGUGGCUGCAGUCAGGCCAUUGACCUGGCUAUCAGUGUCCUGUGUAACCCUGGGGACAACAUCCUGGUCCCAUGCCCAGGUUUCUCCUUAUAUAAGACUCUGGCUGUCUCAAUGGGCAUCAAGGUCAAACUCUACAACCUGCUGCCAGAGAAGUCAUGGGAGGUUGACCUGCAACACAUGGAGAGCCUGAUUGAUGAGAGGACAUCCUGUAUAAUUGUUACCAAUCCAUCCAACCCAUGUGGCUCUGUCUUCACCAAGGAGCACCUACAGAAGAUCCUCAAAGUGGCUUCCAGACACUGCGUUCCCAUUCUGGCUGAUGAAAUCUACAGUGAUAUGGUUUUCCCAGGUUGCAGUUGUCCUUCCAUGGCGUCUCUCAGCAGUGACGUUCCCAUCCUUUCCUGCGGAGGCUUGGCUAAACGCUGGCUCGUCCCCGGUUGGAGGAUGGGAUGGAUCCUCAUCCACGACAGGAAUAAUGUAUUUGGAUCCGAGAUCCGACAGGGUCUGGUGAAACUGAGCCAGCGUAUUCUGGGAGCCUGCAGCAUCGUCCAGGGUGCCCUGGAGAGCAUCCUCAACAACACACCUCAAAGCUUCUACAACAAGACCAUCAGCUUUCUCAAGUCCAACUCAGAGAUAUGUUUCAAUGAGCUGUCCACCAUCCCCGGCCUGAACCCCAUCAUGCCUUCAGGAGCUAUGUACCUCAUGGUGGGGAUCGACCUGGAGCACUUUCCAGAUUUUAAGAACGAUGUGGACUUCACUGAACGACUUGUGACCGAGCAGUCUGUCUUCUGUCUGCCUGCUUCAGCAUUUGAGUAUCCUAACUUCUUUCGCAUUGUGGUGACGGUGCCGGAGGAGAUGAUGCUGGAGGCUUGCAGUCGGAUCAGGGAGUUCUGCCAGCGCCACUAUCGGCCCUGCAGCCGCGACAGCAAUGAUCUGGACCAGUGAUGCGGCAGAGCUGGACCAGUCUGACUGCAUGGACCUUGUGGCCUAGAGAAUGGGAGAGCUGUCCUCUGGUCGCAUAUAGGUUUUAUUCCACCAUGUUAUUCAGUUAGAGAUGUAGAAAUCUGAUGUCAAAACUGUAUUCACAUUGUCAUCACCAUGGCAACAAAAAGCUUGGAAGCAACAUAUCUGAUGGUCCGUUGAUGGUGUAAUUUGUGAUGUUAACCGUAUGAAAUGAGCAGACUUAAUAUUUAUAUUUUAUACAUCCAACUUAUAUUAACCUCUACUUGUUUUUGUGUAUUUAUAUAAUUUGUUUAACGCUUUGUAUGUCAAUGUUAUGUAACUUCUUUGAUAUCGACUGCAGGAUCAUAAACUGUGCAUACUGUAUACACCAGCUGGCGUCUUUGCUGUCAUAAUUAGGCAAAGUGAAUAUAUAUUUGAAUACGUAUUGAUAUAUGAUAUUGAUAAUCUUCUGCAUACUUUGCUUGUGCUAGAACUCUCAGUGCAGUGUUAGACUGCAUCGGCAUGCUCUUUAUCAAAACCUUCUCUGGAUGGUUUGUAUGUCAAUUGUGUUUCAUCAUGAAUCACACACAUAUAUAUACAUUUGUAUUUUUUAUUUUUACAGACACAAAAUUUUAUUUUGUAGUUUUUUAAUAGUUACCUAAUAAAACAUAAAUUACCUGUUGA